AUGAGAAUAUGGAUACACAAAGAUUAUAAAGACAUCGAUUCUGAGUCAUUCGGACAACUGUUUAAACUUUCAAUCGAAUUAACUCCAUUCCCUGCUUCGAUCCUUCGCAAGAUACUAACGAAUGCUGGUAAAUCGUUAAAAUAUCUUCAUUUGGAUCAAAGAUCUCAUUCUCCUAUUAGAAAUUUCUUUAAAAACACGAUACAAAAAUGUACCCUCAAUAAUCCAAAUCUUUUAAAAUUUUCAGCCUAUAUUCACACUUCUGAAGUUUCCAAUCUUCCUAAUUUCUUUUCAACAUGCCAAAAAUUAAUUAGUUUCGAAAUUUGGGAUAUAAAUACUUCAUCCGAUAAUGACUUUCAACAAAUCUCUCAAUUAAGUGUCACAGACGUUGAAUCAAUACUUCCUCAAAU